GUUGCAAUCCGUUCUCAAUCACAUCGGGCUCGGUAACGAGAACCUAAUUCAGCCCUGCCUAUCGAUUGGGCCUGCUGUUGCAGAUGAAAUAUAUAUAAUUGGGGGGUUCAAAGUUCAUUUGGAUGCACAAAUUCAGGCACUUGUAAUCAAAAACAGUAAUGAUCUUGUCGUGUGGAAAUCUCUCGAUAAUACUCCGUUCUUGUCAUCCACAAGUGGAGAAGAUAGUAUUGGUCCUGGAGAAGGAGGCGUAUUCAAGAUCGUCGAACACGACCAAGAUCCAACUCAUCUUCAGACAAUUACUCAUGUUGAGCACACAGCUGAGACUGUAGUAAUUACUGGUGGUUUGACAACAAAGCUUGUCCAGCCAACCCAUCUGGACUAUACUUUUACACUUAAAGCAAUAUCUCCCCGCCAAUUGCAGUUCACCGUCAAAUUUUCACGCAAAGAUCCUUCUAUGCUCGAUCACAAUAGAGUUUUAUUGACUUACGCAAGUAGAAAGGAAGAAGAGUUUUAUGGGUUUGGAGAGCAGUUUAGCUAUACUUCUUUCAAAGGGAAAAAGGUCCCAAUUUUUGUAAGAGAACAAGGAAUUGGUCGUGGUGAUCAGCCUAUUACUGCUCUUUUAAAUUCUCCACUUAGUGUUUUCGGAGAGUUUGCUGGAGGUGACCACUUUACAACGUACGCUUCAGUUCCUCAGUACAUAACGACAGAUAACCGGUGUUUGUUUCUCGAGACAUCUGAGUAUGCUAGCUUUGACCUCAAGCAACCUGAUCGCGUCAUUGUUCGUCUUAAUUCGAAUACCAUGAUAGGUCGCAUUGUAGAUGGCGAGUCGAUGCUGGAGUUAAUAACUGAAUACACGCUCUAUUCGGGCCGUAUGAAUGUUCUACCUGAUUGGAUUUCUGAAGGAGCUGUGGCCGGUAUGCAGGGUGGUGCUUCUAAAGUGCGCGAUGUUGUGAAGCGCCUACAAGAUCAUGAUACGCCACUGGCUGCUGUCUGGCUGCAGGAUUGGUGUGGCAAGCGAAUCCAACAGACUGGUAAUGGUUCUUCUUUCAAGCGCCUUUGGUGGAAUUGGGAGAGCGACGAUGGCUUGUACCCACAUUGGAAGGACUUUGUGCAGGAAAUGUUGAAUCAAGAGAAAGGCCCAGUUCGUGUUUUGUCUUACGUAAAUCCCUUCCUGGCCAAUGUCGAACACAAAGAAGGUGCCCAUAGAAACCUUUUUUUGGAGGCACAAAAUAAAGGUUACUUGGUCAAGGAUCCUUCACGUCCUUCUGAAUGCAAGACUUUGAUUAUCAGCAGUGGACCUGAUUUCGAGGCUGGUCUGUUGGAUAUUACUUACCCUGAAGCUAGAAUAUGGUUCAAGCAGGUACUCAAGGAACAGGUUUGGGGAACAGGUGUAUCAGGCAUGAUGACAGAUUUUGGAGAAUAUCUUCCUUACAGCUCUGAAAAAGCAAGUCUUCACUCAGGUAUCGCUCCGGAGGUCUAUCAUAACAGAUAUCCCGAAGAUUGGGCCAGCCUUCAUCACGAAGUAGUCACUGAACUCGGUCUACAGAACGAAGCCGUGAACUUCUAUAGGGCGGCAUACACGCGCUCACCAGCUUAUAUCAAUCUGAUGUGGGCUGGCGAUCAAAAUGUGACAUGGGACCAAAAUGAUGGAAUUAAGAGUGCAGUAAUUGGUAUGCUUUCAGGUGGGUUCUCUGGAUUUUCUAUUACCCACAGUGACAUCGGUGGAUACACCACCUUAAACGGCCUUUUGCCUGGCUUGAAUAUCACUCGAUCCAAGGAUUUGUUACAUAGAUGGAUGGAACUUGCCGCGUUUACGGCUGUGUUUAGAACUCAUGAAGGCAUCAUACCCGAGAGUAAUGCGCAGUUUUACGAUAGCGAAGACUCAUACGUUCAGUUUGCCCACAUGGCUAAGCUCUUUAAGUCUCUGUCGCCUUACCGAAAACAUCUUAUUCGAGAGGCAAAUGAAAAAGGAUGGCCAUUGAUGCGACACCUUGUACUCUAUUACCCUAAUGAUCCCACUGUUCGUGACUUAACCUACCAGCAGUUCCUGCUUGGGUCGGCUCUCUUGGUUGCUCCUACCCUUUCUCCAUCAGCAACUUUCGUCAAAGUAUAUUUCCCACAAGAACAUACUAAAGGAAUUUUUUGGAGGCACAUUUGGACAGGAAAAUAUUAUCCUGCUGAUGGCAAAUAUGUAGCUGUUGAUACACCGUAUGGUCUUCCUGCCGCAUUUGUGAAGGAACCGCGAGAAGAUGAUGGAUUGCUCAAUACACUCCUUGAAUUUUCAAGUGAUCAUUAUAAUCACCACCAGAUUAAUCAGCAAAGUGGAAACUAAUCAUUAUUACUUAUCUUGAGAAAUAUGGAUUUUUUUUCUCUCUUUUUUUUUGUUAUUGAUAAAAUAAAGUAAAUAUUUCAUGCGAAAGAUU